AUGGUCCCUAUACGAGGAACGGCUAAGGAGAUUCUUCGUGGCCUAUGGAGUCGAGGAGGAAGCAGACGAGCGCCGCUCGGCAUUUUUGCUCACAGCGGUGUCGAUGGAGGUUUAACAGACGAUUCGGAACCUGUGCUUUCCGGACAAGCCGGAAACAAAGCAGUUCGACGAACUUUGUUCGUUGAUGCGCCAACGAUUUACCCCAACGACGGCGAAACGGUGAUAGAGUGGUCGACGCGUCUCAAGAAGUUGGCCGCUGACUGCGAGUUUGGGAACGACCUUCCGGUCUUCCUCAAAAACAUUUUUGUGGUGGGUCUGAAACGUGGCCCAGUAUAUGAACCAGUGUGCGAGGAGGAUCCUGACUCAAAUUUGGAAGCCCUGGUUAAGGUGGCGAUGAAAAAGGAGUCAACGUUGCGCCAGCAGGAGUCCUUGGAGGUUAAUAAGUUCCAAUCAGACCAAGGAAACAAGCUCAAGAAACCGGCGAGUCCCAAUUUCCGUUGUUAUGCGUGCGGAAAGGGGGACCAUAAUUUCCGAAAGUGCCAGUACAAGUCCUAUGUAUGUAAGGUGUGCGACAAAAAGGGGCAUCUAGCCAAAGUUUGCCCGAAUAGGAAAGAUGCGACGAAAGAAGACCGGAAACCGAAAGUGCACCAUUUGGCGUUGAAUAAAUUGGACGCGCCCCCUCCCGUGGUUAUUCCUGUCCGUGUGGGCGGACAUUUGGUCGAGUUCGAACUGGACACUGGGAGUCCGGUUAAUGCCAUCUCAAAUGCGCUGUACAGUCGAUUUUUCAAAUCAGUGCAUCUUGAGACUGGCGGAAAGGAGCAGUUCGUCUGUUACAACGGGUCUUGUUUCCAAGCAACAGGAAGGUUCGAGGUGGAGAUGAAAUUCGAAGGCCACAAGUCCAGGGAGGAAAUUUUCGUCUUCGAGGGUGACCGGCAACCACUGCUGGGGCGUCAGACGAUGCAGCGUUGGGGACUGAGGAUCAACUUUUGCCAUUUGACGGAGAGCAUGAAAGAGUUUAAAGCUCCGUUGAAUGUGCUGCUAACCAAGUACCAAGAAGUUUUCGAGGGUGAAUUAGGCUGUUAUCGAUACGGCAAAGUUCACCUACCAUUGAAGGAUGAAGCUUUCCCCAAGUUUUUCAAGCCGCGCAGGGUACCGUUGGCUUUCAAGGAGAAGGUCGAAGACGAACUGGAUCGAUUGGAGAACAUCGGCAUUAUCUCCAAGGUACUAUCAACCGAAGCGGAAUGGGGCACCCCCCUCGUCCCAGUUUUGAAGAAGGAUUCAUCUAUACGUUUGUGUGCAGAUUAUCGGCUGACCGUUAACCCGUGGUUGAAAGACGACCACCACCCUUUCCCGAUAAUUGACGACAUUUUCGCAGCGCUACAAGGUGGUAAGCAUUUUUCCAAGCUGGACCUGAAGAAUGCCUACAACCAACUGGAAGUGGAUGAAGAAGCAAGGCAUCUGUUGGCGUGGAGUACUCAACGUGGUGUGUACUACGUGAAUCGAUUGCCGUUUGGGACCAAAACGGCGUGUGCAGUGUUUCAAGCUACCCUAGAACGAGUCCUGCAGGGUUGUCGAGGAACGAUAAUUUACCUGGAUGACGUGCUGGUAACUGGACGAACAGUGAAAGAACAUUUAGAGAACCUGGAACAAGUGCUUAGUAAGUUGAAAGAAACAGGUUUUGUGCUUAAUAAGACCAAGUGCGAGUUUUUCAAAAGUGGUGUGAGUUAUCUUGGACAUUAUAUCGACGGUCUACAUAAAGAUCCUGAAAAAGUGAAAUCUAUAAUCCAGUUGGGAGUUCCAAAAGACGUCAAGGAGGUUCGUGCCUUUGUGGGACUGGUCAACUAUUAUGCCAAGUUUUGUCCCAGUCUGGCACAACAUCUGAAGCAUUUGUACCGGUUGCUGCAAAAAGAGGUGAAGUUCCGUUGGUCAAAGGAGUGCCAGGAGGCGUUCAAAGCGGCGAAACAGCUAUUGGCGGAUGACACGGUCCUGGCCCAUUAUGACCGUAAUCUGCCGAUUAAACUCUAUAGUGAUGCAUCGAAGGAAGGCAUUGGAGCAGUGAUCGUACACGUCUUCCCAGACGGCAAGGAGCGACCGGUUUCUUUUACUUCCCGAGUUUUUAAGAAGCACGAGUCCAACUAUUCGGUCAUCGAUCGGGAGGCGCUGGCGAUUUACUACGGUGUCCAGAGAUUCAGCAGCUAUUUCUCUGGGCGUCGUUUCAUCCUGAUGACAGAUCACAAACCACUGACCGGUCUGUUUUCGGAAAAAGUCAUACCGGAAACCGCAGCAGGGCGUUUGCAGAGAUGGGCAGUCUAUCUGUCCAACUUCGAUUUCGAGAUCCAACACAUCAAAGGUACAUCCAACGUCGUAGCAGAUUUUCUUUCUCGAUUUCCAUGCACAGGUAACCAAGACGAGAAGGUAGACGAGGAAGAAGCCAUCAGUUUUCUCAACUUCAUCGAAGUCGAAACCCGCUCAUUGGUGGAGCGGAAGCAGAUCAUAAUCGAAAGCCGAAGGGACAAGGUCAUAAGUCGAGUCGUGGAGUAUCUGAAAUCGGGCUGGCCUCAAAACCUUGACGACGGCGAAAUCAAGAAGCUGUUCCAGCGACGAGACGAACUAACCGUGGAGGAAGGCGUCCUUCUCUGGGGUUUCCGCAUCGUCAUCCCGGCGAAGCUUCGGAAACCGUUGCUGAGUGAACUCCAUGUCGUACACAUGGGGAUCGUCAAGAUGAAGUCCCUAGCACGGUCAUAUUUCUGGUGGCCAUCAUUAGACAAGAAAUGCGAAUUUUGUCUCCAAUUGCGGCCGGAGAGGAGUGAUCCAAUUUCACCGUGGCGGUUGACAUCUGCCCCUGAUGAUCGAGUUCAUGUCGAUCACUUUUCAUUCCAAGGCGCCGAUUUUCUAGUCCUGGUGGAUAGCUACAGCAAGUGGUUGGAAGUUUACCCCGUUAGAACGUUAACUUCCAAGGAGACAUCGGAAAAGUUGGUCGAAUAUAUUUCCCGAUUCAGUCUGAUCAGCACUUUGGUGUCAGAUAACGGCACUGCCUUUACAUCGGAAGAAUUCCAUGCAUUCUGUUCUUCCCGUGGCAUCAAGCACCUGACGACAGCAUCGUAUAGUCCGUGUUCGAAUGGAGCAGCCGAGAACGCGGUCAAAACGGUCAAGGCGGCACUGAAGAAGCUGGCGAGUGACCCCUCGUUUGCAAAGAAGCCGAUAAGUGUCCAACUACAUUCUUUCCUGGAGAUGUACCGAGCCACAACACAUACGUCGACUGGGGAAAGUCCUUUCAAGCGAAUGUUUGGAAGGGAAAUGCGCAUCAGAUUCGACAACUUGAAGUCCAGGUCUGCAAUCCGGCAGAAAGAAACUGUCGAAUACCAAAACCGUACCAAGAAGGAUGUCAGCUUCAACAUCAACGAAACGGUCUACGUCCGGGACUACCGCCAACCCAACAAGAAGUCCUGGAUUCGUGGUCGCAUCGUGGCUAGGCUAGGCUCUGUGCUCUACGAAUGCCACACUCAAGAGAUGGGAACUGUCAAACGUCGCAGCCACCAAAUAAUGAAGUACCCCUACGACGAUUUUGAUGGUAAUGAAGCUGACGGAGCCACCCCUGGUCCUGAGCCGAUUGAUGACUCAAUCUACGAAGAUCCAAUGGAGAGCCUACCGGAAGAAGAACCAUCAUCUGAAGCCCUUCCGGUUCCGUCAGCAUUGGUCGUCAUCAACCGGAUGGUACCUAUGUUACGAGAUACAAUCGAGUGGUGA